AUGAGGGCGGGCGACGGGCGCGUUCCGAGACCCCGGAAGUUCCUCUCAGCGGCCCGCACGCUGGUGCGAACUUGUCCCGCGCGGCCUCAGGUGUCGCGUCCCCGUCCGUCUUACCUUCCCAGGUCGGAGGGUCGCCCGGAGGACUUUUCAGAGAACCCGGAAAGAGGCGGAGAUGGAGAAAGGGUCUGCAAGCUUUGGGCUGAUGUUGUGUGGCCAGGAGCAGAUUCUGCUCAUAGCCCAGGAUCCUGGCGGCCAGGUGUGGCGUCCCAUAGAAAGCCAGGCGGUAAAACGCUGAAGGCAACAAACGGCACUUCCGCCCUGCUCCUCCACGUGACCUACAGCUGGCCCUUCUCUCAGAAACAAGCCUUCAAAGUUGUCAAUCAGGGCCUGAAAGAGGUCCGUCCAAUCAGGGCGCGAGGGAUCGAGCCUCAUCCAAUCAGAGCCGGGGGCGGGCGCGUCCCCUCUUGCGGGGACGUAGCUCUUCGCCUCCUGGGUGUCCAGCGCGCCUCAUGGGGUCCAGGUGUCCCAUCGCUGUUCCUCUUACCUGCGCGGGCGGUCGGGCCUCAGGGCCGCGGAGAGGACGUCGUGAGAGCCGAGAGCGGGGCUGAGAUGGACUCAGUGGUCUUUGAGGACGUGGCUGUGAACUUCACGGCGGAGGAGUGGGCUUUUCUGGACCCGGCUCAGAGGAAGCUCUACAGAGACGUGAUGCUGGAGACCUUCAGGAACCUGGCCUCUGUGGGUUCUUGCCCUCAAGUUAAAACCAGUAGAUCAAGUGCUCAUUGGGAUAUUUUGGAGACUGGACUAUGCAGUGAAGAGAAAAGAGUAAGAUUCACAAGAAAUGAUUCCUGCUCGUUUUUGGGAGAAACCUGGGCAUUUCAUAACAUGAGAGAUCAGCGUGUAACCCAGGAAAGGCAUUUGAGAAAUCAUUUGGUGGAGAGUCUCUGUGAAGGUAAAGAAGGCCAUCAAUGUCUAGAAACCCAGAACCAGCUUACACAUCUUACUGUGCAUAAGGGUUAUCUGACUGCAAUUCAGCCCUGUAAAUGCACUAAGUGUGGAAAAGCCUUCAGGGAUUGUUCUUUCCAGAGAAAUCAGCAAAGAUCUCACACCGGACACAAACCUCAUCCAUGUGAAGAAUGUGGGCAAACCUGCAGCUGUGUCUCAUGCCCAAAUCCUCCUGGUGGAACAGACACUGUAGAGAAAACCAAUAAACGUCAGGAUGAUGGGAGAGCAUCUAAGAGAUAUGUAAAAAGUCACAGUAGCAAACAGUCUUUAAAGUGUAAGAAAUCUAAAAAAUCAUUCACUUGCCCAUCAUCUGUCCAGCGACAUGUGAGAGGGCAUUAUGGACACAAAAUCCACGUGUGUGAAGUAUGUGGGAAAUCCUUCAGUUAUUAUUCCCAGAUUGCACGGCAUGUGAGAACUCACACUGGAGAGAAACCCUAUGAAUGUAAAGAAUGUGGGAAAGCUUUCACUCGCAUCUCACACUUCCGAGAACAUGUGAGAAUGCACACUGGAGAGAAACCCUAUGAAUGUAAGCAGUGUGGCAAAGCUUUCAGUUGGUGCACUUACCUUCGAGAACACAUGAGAACACACAGUGGAGAAAAACCCUAUGAAUGAGACAAAGAUGCAUGGCAACCUGGUGAGCCUGAGUUCCAACACCGUUUUCUGACUUCUGGCUCUGCCCAUGUGGAACAGCCCCCCACCAGACAUGUGUUUGACGUUAGUUCCCUGUUGGGCAGCAGAUUCCACACUUGUCCACAAGUUCCCUCAUUAUGGAUCUUCUUUGGUUUUCGAGUGUGCACAGUUCCUUGCAUGUUCCUAUGGCUCUUUGGUGUCCAUCAGCCUACUUCUUCAGGCUUCAGAAGAUCACCUAGUGAUUUACUCAUAUCCUGUGAUCCCCCCACUUCAUGUCUAAUGAUUCUCAUGUGAUCUCUGUAAGAAGCAUCUUGUUCCUUUAGUAGAGAGACUGUUUCCUUCCCACCCAAAUGCCGGAAACUUACUUCCCUGGUUGCAUUGUUGAGGCUGCACUGACCCUACAUUUGUUGUUUCUGGAUACUUCUAUGAUUGCAAUAAGCACUUUUGAAUGUAUUUGGCCUAUUUUGAGCGUUUUCUCUCUCUCUCUCUCUCUCUCUCUCUCUUUUGACUGUGUUGGGUCUUUGUUGCUGCGCAUGGGCUUUCUCUAGUUGAGGCAAGUGGGGGCUACUCUUCGUUGCAGUGUGCAGGUUUCUCAUUGUCAUGGCUUCUCUUAUUGCAGAGCAUGGGCUGUAGAGUGCAGGCUCAGUAGUUGUGGCACUCGGGCUUAGUUGCUCCGCGGCAUGUGGGAUCUUCCCAGACCAGGGAUUGAACCC